UAAGGAAGAACAAUUGAGGCCGGUUUUUGGUAUUUGCGGGGCAGUACAAUCUAUGCGCAGUCUGCUUUUCAGAUUGCCAACCAUGUCACUUCAUUCUUUGACAGACAAGAGCGGAUCAACAUUUCAACAUUUCACUCCUCAAACACCAUGAAUUUCCGAACUUGUUUGGUUUUCCUCGCACUUAUCUGUGUCCAAGCCAGAGAGAAUAAUGUGACAAAGAGCUCAAGAAAGGCAAAAUUGUUCUCACUUUUUAAUGUGGUCAGAUUUGAUAACGGCGUGUGCUCAGGUUUGGCCACAACUGGAGGAGCCGGAACAACCGGAACUUGUUUUUCCGCUUCGGAAUGCGUGUCCCUGCAAGGAUCAUCAAUUGGAUCGUGUGCUGCUGGGUUUGGAGUCUGUUGUAGGUUCGUUAUUAGCUCCUCUACUGGUGGAACUGUGACCCAAAAUGGAACGAGCAUUCAAGCUCCAAUGAAUCAAGGCGCUUUGACCGAUGGAAUGUCGAUCUCGUAUCAAGUCAAUCGACAAAGUUCUGAUGUGUGCUUUCUUCGGUUGGAUUUUGAAACCUUUAACAUUUUGGGUCCUAUGGAUACCAAUGAAGUUAUGGGUGGCGCUUGUGUGGACACUUUUACGGCCACUACAGGCACAGGGAUGGAAACGAUUUGCGGUUUGAACACUGGGGAACAUAUUUUUGUCGAAUUUGGUUCGAAUUUCCUUUCAACGUUUCAAUUCACAUUUGGAAAUACCCCAGGUGGAACAAAUGCAGUAAGAGAUUGGGACAUUAAGGUGGAUCAAAUUCCUUGCACUGGACCAACUAGCCCCAGAGAUGGUUGCCUUCAGUAUCACUUGACAAACUCCGGAAUGAUCAAAACUUUCAAUUUUGACGGGACAACUGGCCAUUUGGCAAAUCAAAGGUAUAGUGCAUGCAUCAGACAAAAUGAAGGCUUUUGUUGCGUCGAAUACCAAGUUUGUCCGCCCCCAAUUAUGAAUCCUUUUGUAAUCGAUGAUGCCGUUAAUCUCUUGGAGGAAAACAAUUGUGGUAUUACUACAAAUGACAAAGAUUUUGUGAUCAUCGCAGGAGCAUCGGCUACAUGUUCAAUGGAACCUGGCACUCUUCUAAGAAGCAAGUUUUGUGGAUCUACAUUUAACUUUUUAGCAAGCGCCCCAGAGAGCGCUCCCGUUUGUGAUUGCUCUCCUCCUUUCGGGGUUGGUUUUAUCACGGAUGACGCUGCACCCGGCACUGCAACUAAAGUCCCUCAAGGUGUUUGCCUCACAUUUCGACAAAUCCCAUGUUAACACCAACGUUGUUUGAUAGUUUAUCUCAUAUUGUAUAUGAACCGUUUUCACACCAUAGAAUCAAAGUAUAAGCUGACAAAAUAAACUGAAAUUAAUUUUUAUGCA